AUGAACAUCCUUGAAUCUUCCUCUCAUAGCAGUGGGUGCGGCCGAGUGGUGAUCGACGAGAUCGAACACCAACGCGCUCUCAUGGUCGACCUGCAUGACCUUAUCCUACCAAUACUUGAUCCCUGCAGUAGGCAGGCGAAGCAUGUUCAGCAGCUCUUCCAAGAUAUUUCCAGCUCCUCAAGCAAGGUCAUCUCCUUCGUCCUCGAGCUUGCUGACGAUAACAGUAAGAAACAGCAGGCCAGUAAAGUUGUCAAAGACAGAAGAAAAGCAGGUGGUAAGAAUGUCGUGGAGAGCCACAUGUUGUUGGAGGAAGCUAAAGAAAUCGGGAAAAACAGAAGAAAGAAUGCGCAACACACGGGUUCAGUUGUGACACAAGCGCCACACUUUGAUGGAUACCAAUGGAGGAAGUAUCGGCAGAAGUGCAUUUCCAAAGCAAAGCAUUCUAGGAACUACUAUAGAUGUGCCAACAGUAAAGACCAAGGGUGUCCUGCAACCAAGACAGUCCAGCAGAAGGAAACAGACGGGAGCGGCGCAGUGAAGUUGUUCGACGUUGACUACUACGGCCAGCACACUUGCAACAAGGACGGCGUCAUCCAUCCGUACGUUGUUGACACAGCACAUGACAGCGUGCCGACCGUCGACCACAACCAAAGCUGCAGCACCCCAACGUCGUCUGCUCACAACAACGGUGUUCAUGGAAUUCUUCAGGAUGACGAAAGCUUCGAGAACCUGUUCAUGGUGCCAAGCAUACCAGAACAUCUGACGGAUGAAAGCUUCGAAAACCUAGUCAUGGUGUCAAGCAUACCAGAGUAUUAUCUGGCAGACUUCACAGAUGUUGAAAUGGCCGAAGGGGCACUUGAGGUUGCCUCUAUGAUGAUCUCUGAAGAUAUAUGGGCGUGAGGGGAGACUCAAGGCUCGCUCGCA